AUGGAUGAAGCAGAUGAGUUUGCAACAGGGCCUGCAGACGAUGUGAAACGCCCUGGAGAAUGCGACAGUCCUCCGUCAUCUAAGAAAAGGCGGAGCGAGGCCGUGCUGUCAGUGGAGCCGGAAGGAGAGACAGGAUGUCAUCUUGAGGGCUCAGCCAUGCCAAAGGAAGAUGAUGCUACUGUCGUUCAUGAUCGCCACGAGGAGGGGGUGGAAAAUGGUCAAACAGCACCUGAUGGCUUCUUGUCAAAAUCUGUCCCUCCAGAGCUCAUGAGUAUGGCAGGAGAUGGUAUUCCACCCAACAAAGUGGAUUCUCCGUCUGAUGACUUGGCUCGUCUUGGGGAAGGUGGAGUGAUUCGUGAACCUGGUAGUAGUGCGCUUGGAGGAGGAACCGGGAGCAGCAGCCUCUCCGCAGGUGGCCAAAAAGUCACAGCAAUGUCUGCACUGGGAACCGUGACCAAUACCUUGCAAAUAAGUUCACAGAGAAACAACGAUGAUAUCAAACAUGAAUUAAUGAAGGAAGUUCGUAAGUUUGGACGAAAGUAUGAAAGAAUCUUCAUUUUGCUUGAAGAGGUACAAGGACCUCUGGAAGUCAAGAAACAAUUUGUGGAAUUUACCAUCAAGGAAGCAGCAAGAUUUAAAAGGCGAGACUUAAUUCAGCACCUGGAGAAGCUACUAGAAAAAAUAGAUUCCGACUCCCUGGUGAACAAGGAUGAAAACAUCAAAAACAUAUAA